AUGGCUGCCGCUUCGGUGUCGCCGUCGGAAGGGUUGGAGGAGCCCCCCAAAACCUCAGCAGAGUCGGAUAAUUCGGCCGAGCCCGACAACCAGGCGGAGAAUUCGGAGGAUGCCGAGAACACGGUGCUGCCCGGAAAUCUGGUGGAGUCCGUGCUAUCGGAGGAACCAGACGCGCAGGAGCCGCCAGCCAAACCGGAUGAGUCCAAGAAAUCGGAGAAGGCCAAGAGGUCUUCAGAGAAGGCGAGAAAGCCCGGGAGGACCAGGAAGCCGGAAAAGCCGAAGAAGGUGGUGGUAAUAAAGCCCAAGAAACCCAUCAAGCCGAAGAAGCCGGAGAAGCGUAAAAAGGCAGACAAGAAGGCGUCCUCCGCCGAGUCCGAUAAGUCGGCCGAGAGCGCGGCAGACAAGCCGGAGAGACCGAAGAGGUCCGACAAGAGCAAGAAGGCGGACAAGUCCAGCAAGAAGCCCGAGAAGCCUGUCAAGAAGAAGCGCGAGAAGACACCGGAGCCCGAGCCGGAGCCGCUGAUCAAUCCCGCGGAUUACCGCUACCGUACCAAGCCGUCGUUCUACCCGCUGCAAGCGAAGCAAGUGGCGCUCAACGUUCUCGGCGCGCUGAUAACCGAGACCAAGAAAGGGAGCACGACGAGCAUCUACGAGCGCGCCGCGGUGCUGACGGGCGUCAGCAUCCGGGCCCUCUUCAAGUGGGUCGCCGAGCACGAGAGGAACGGCCACGUCCUGACGCCGCAGACCAAGCUGCGCGGCGGCAAGGGCAAAAAGCGCAAGCGGAGGAACGCCGACGGCAUCCUCGUCACACCCGAGGAGUACGAGCGUGCCAAGGCGCUCGCCAUCGUCGCAGAAGGCGGCGACCCGUCCGCGCCGCCCAAGAAGAAGCGCAAGCAGUCUCCCAAAAAGAAGCGCGACCCGAACGCCCCUCCGGAGUCGGCCGACGGCGCGCCGGCCGCCCCGAAGCGCGUCAAGCGCCCGCCGGGCACCGGCUCCCCGCGCAAGAACGCCAACAAGGACCCGGCGGCCGUAGCAGCGGCCGCGGCUGCGGCCAGAAGUGUGCCGGCGGCGAUGAUGCGCCCGCCGACGGACGUGCGCAUGGCGGCCGCGGCCAACAACGCGAUGGGCGCGUACGGCUUCCCGACGCCGUGCUUCGACGCCCGGGAGUACGCGGCCCGGAUCGCGCCCAUGAUCCGGCCGCAACUGGACGUGCGGACCGCCGUCGGCGACAACGGCGUGGGCAGCUGCAGCUACGCGUCGCCCCGGCCCACGGUGGCCGCGGACGACUUCGGGGCUCGACACUCGCCGGUGAUGCGGCCGGACGGUGGCCGGCCCAGCUGCGGCUACGCGUCGCCGCCCGCGGACUUCGCGCGGCACUCGCCGGUGAUGCGGCAGCAGCAGCAGCAGCAACCGUCGGACGUGCGACCGCCGACCGACGCGAGCAACGGCAUGGUGAUCGCUCCCGGCCGCGUCGACCACCGGGAUUACGCGGCGAGGAACUCGCCCAUCAUGAGGCCGCCGCCCGACAUGAGGGUGGUGAACACAGCGGAUGCCAACAGCUGCAGCUUCGCGAUGCCGCCGCGCGCCGACGUCAGAGACUACACGGCAAGGAACGCGCUGGUGAACCGUGCCGCGACGCAGGCGAGGCCGGGCGACGGCUUCCUACGCAUCGUCGACGUACGGCACUACGACGAGUCGCAGGACAUGCUGCUGCUCAUUUGGCUGCAGUAG